AUGGCCGCCCUAGCCCCCCGCCUCUUCACACGCAGCAUCCGGCAAACACGCGUCCCUCGCGCCGCCAUCCUCUCCACCACCACAGCCCGCCACGCCUCAACCAAGCACCCCAAAGCCUUCACACCCCCCUCGCAAUCCGACCUCGACGAGCUCCGCGAAUCGGUCCGCGACUUCGCCCAACGCGAGAUCCCCGAAGAGCUCGCGGCUCGCACAGACAAACAGAAUGAGUUCCCCAACGAAAUGUGGCAGAAGUUCGGCGAAGCGGGUUUCCUAGGCAUAACCGCGGAUGAAGAUUUCGGCGGACUGGCAAUGGGGUACCAAGCCCACUGUGUUGUCAUGGAGGAGCUGUCGCGGGCGAGCGGAAGCAUAGGACUGAGUUACGCGGCGCAUAGCCAGUUGUGCGUCAACCAGUUGAUGUUGAACGGGAAUACGGAGCAGAAGAAGAAAUACCUGCCUGGUUUGAUUAGCGGGGAGAAGAUAGGUGGACUGGCUAUGAGUGAGCAUAGUGCGGGGAGUGAUGUUGUUAGCAUGAAGAGUACGGCGAAGGAGGUGGAUGUCGUCUACGCCAAAACCGAACCCAACGCCGCCUCCAAGGGCAUCACAGCCUUCAUCCUCGAGACCUCCACCCCCGGCUUCAGCGUCGCGAACAAACUAGAUAAACUGGGUAUGCGCGGCUCCAACACUGGCGAACUCGUUUUCGAGAACGUCUUCGUCCCCAAGGAAAACGUCCUCGGUGAGAUCAACCGCGGCGUCCGCGUCUUAAUGGAGGGCCUGGAUCUCGAGCGCCUUGUACUCUCAGCGGGACCGCUGGGUCUCAUGCAGGCUUCGCUUGAUAACGUCCUUCCUUACACACACCAGCGAAAACAGUUCGGCAUGCCGAUUGCGCAUAACCAGCUUGUACAGGGCAAGCUGGCGGAUAUGUAUACGAAAUACCGGGCUAGUCAGGCUUUCACAUACAGUGUCGCCCGCGCUGUGGAUGAGUCGCAUGCUAGUCCUGAUAUCAAGACACAGGACUGUGCAGGAGCGAUUCUGUAUGCGGCAGAGAGGGCGAGCGAGGUCGCAGCUGAUGCGGUGCAGUUGAUGGGCGGCAUGGGAUACAUGAAUGAGGUUCCUGUUGGACGGAUACUAAGGGAUGCCAAGCUGUACGAGAUUGGUGCUGGAACGAGCGAGGUGAGGAGAAUGGUUAUUGGACGGGCCUUUAACAAGGAGUGGAAGCAGGAGAUAUAG